AGAAACCCGGAAAAGGCUCGCAGAAGUGUUGUCACAAGAGAUACAUCUCUGUAGAUGAAAGGAUACAGACUAAAAUCUUCUCGACAGAGUUUAGAAAAUAUUCUACAGCUGAUUUUGCCAUUUGAGUUGUUUGGUUUUUAUUAUAGUUGUGUCACUGCGUUGCUAUCAUGAACUUGACGCUCGCGGUGAAGCAGUAUAUUUCUAAAAUGAUCGAGAACAGCGGGCCUGGGAUGAAGGUUCUGCUCAUGGACAAGGAGACGACCAGUAUAGUGAGUGUGGUGUACACCCAGUCUGAGAUCCUGCAGAAGGAGGUUUACCUGUUUGAACGCAUUGACUCUCAGAACAGAGACAGCAUGAAACACCUCAAAGCCAUUUGCUUCCUUCGUCCCACAAAGGAGAAUGUGGAGCACCUGAUCCAGGAACUAAGGAAGCCAAAAUACAGUGUCUACUUCAUCUAUUUUAGUAACGUGAUCAGUAAGAGUGAGAUCAAGGCUCUGGCUGAAGCUGAUGAACAGGAGGUGGUGGCUGAAGUCCAGGAGUUUUAUGGAGACUUCAUUGCCGUGAAUCCUCACCUAUUCUCCCUCAAUCUGCAGGGAGUUGCCAGGGGGCGGAGCUGGGAACCCACCAUGUUGUCUCGCUGCACUCAGGGUCUGACCUCCGUCCUGCUUGCUCUAAAGAAAUGUCCAAUGAUCCGCUACCAGCUGUCCUCAGACAUGUCCAAACGUCUCGCAGAGACCGUCAAGCAAAUCAUAACGAAGGAAUAUGAGCUGUUCGACUUCAGGAAGACUGAAGUUCCUCCUCUCCUGCUGAUUCUCGACCGAAGCGACGACGCCAUCACACCGCUGCUCAACCAGUGGACGUACCAAGCGAUGGUCCAUGAGCUGCUGGGUCUGAACAACAACCGGAUCGACUUGUCCAGAGUCCCGGGAAUCAACAAAGACCUACGAGAGGUGGUUCUGUCUGCAGAACAUGACGAGUUUUACGCCAACAACUUGUACAUGAACUUUGGAGAGAUCGGAACCAACAUAAAGAACCUGAUGGAGGAUUUCCAGAAAAAGAAACCUAAAGGGCAACAAAAGCUGGAAUCCAUUUCUGAUAUGAAGGCAUUUGUAGAUAAUUACCCUCAGUUUAAGAAGAUGUCGGGCACUGUGUCCAAACAUGUGACGGUGGUGGGUGAGCUUUCCCGGCUGGUGGCAGAGCGACAGCUGAUGGAGGUGUCGGAGGUGGAGCAGGAGCUGGCCUGUCAGAACGACCACUCCAAUGCUCAGCAGAACGUCCGACGGCUGCUGCAGAAUCCUCGUGUCGCGGAGCUGGACGCCAUCCGUCUCGUCAUGCUCUACGCUUUGCGAUACGAGCGCCACAGCAGCAGCAUCCUCCCGUCUCUGAUGGACGAACUGAGCAGAAGAGGAGUGUCCGAACGCUACCGCAGGAUGGUCCAGUCUGUGGUGGAGUACGGUGGGAAGAGAAUCCGAGGAAGUGACCUCAUCUCACCAACAGACGCCGUUGCCAUCACCAAGCAGUUCUUCAAAGGAUUCAAGGGUGUUGAGAACGUGUACACGCAGCAUCAACCUCUACUUCACGACACUCUGGAUCAGCUGAUUAAAGGUCGACUUAAAGACAGCCAGUUUCCAUACCUGGGACCCAGCAGCCUCAGAGACAGGCCUCAGGACAUUGUGGUGUUUCUGAUUGGUGGAGCCACAUAUGAAGAAGCUCUGACUGUUUACAACCUGAACCGGACCACACCUGGAGUUCGCAUUGUUCUGGGAGGAAGCUCCAUCCACAACACUAAGAGUUUUUUGGAGGAAGUGAUGUCGGCGACGGGUCACAGCGGCGGCAGCGACAGAGCACAGGGAAGCAGUCGCCAUAGCAACAGGCGAUGAACACAAACUUCCUCUGAUCAAAUAAUCUGCGCCAUUCCUUCCAUUUCCGCAUGGCUGUGUUUAAUUACAGUUCUGGAAGUUGUUCUUAAACACUGAUGUUGGUAGAGAGCUCAGUGGGACAGUACAUUAACAAAAUUCACACAAAGCAGUAUUGUGACAUAAACUUGUAGAUAUCCAGGACCUUAAUAGCAUACUAAUCAUAUGUUGAAGUGUCUAACCUGGUGUUUGAGGCAUGGUUAGAUCAAAUAAGUAUUUAAAUAAAACAUGUAUAACGUGAAAGGGUUUCAGCACGCAGGAACAUGAAAAGGCCUCUUAUUCUAUUAAAAAUAUAAAUAACAUUCACACGAUUUCUGCAGCUUUAACUCAUAAAAGAAACCCGAUGGCAGUUCUGUUUCACAUCAGAGUUCAGAAUCCAACCUGACAAACAUGAAAAAAAAAAUGUAUUUUCAAUUAGUUUGGAUAACCUUUGUUCCAAUCUUUCUGUUGGUAUUUAUUCAGACGUGUAACUUGAUUUUUUUCACCACUUUCAUCUGGAACAAAUCAACAAAUUCUGUCUCUUUAGUGCUUCUGUCCCUUUUUAAGUGUGUGUGCCUAAAUGUGAAUUUGAAAUGCUUAAAAUAAAAAUAUAACAAAAUAGA